AUGGGUAAAGUUCACGGAUCCCUCGCUCGUGCCGGAAAGGUCAAGUCGCAGACUCCCAAGGUCGAACCCCAGGAGAAGAAGAAGACGCCCAAGGGCCGCGCCAAGAAGAGGCUCACAUACACCCGCCGCUUUGUCAACGUUACCAUGACCGGCGGAAAGCGCAAGAUGAACCCCAACCCCGGAUCUUAG